GGGCCCCCGACGGGGUUGCGCGGCGUGGCCAUGGCCUCGGUGUUCGGGAAGCCUCGCGCGGGCAGCGCGGCGCACAGCGCGCCCCUCGAAGUCAACCUGGCCAUCCUGGGGCGCCGCGGGGCCGGCAAGUCGGCCUUGACCGUGAAGUUUCUGACCAAGAGGUUUAUCAGCGAAUAUGACCCCAAUUUGGAGGACACCUACAGCUCCGAGGAGACCGUGGACCACCAGGCUGUGCACCUGAGGGUCAUGGACACCGCAGACCCGGACACACCCAGGAACUGCGAGCGCUACCUGAACUGGGCCCACGCCUUCCUGGUGGUGUACAGCGUGGACAGCCGCCAGAGCUUCGAGGGCAGCAGCAGCUACCUGGAGCUACUGGCUCUGCACGCCAAGGAGACACAGCGCGGCUUCCCCGCUCUGCUGCUGGGCAACAAGCUGGACAUGGCCCAGUAUCGGCAGGUCACCAAGGCCGAGGGCGCGGCUCUGGCUGGCAGAUUCGGGUGCCUGUUUUUCGAGGUCUCUGCCUGCUUGGACUUUGAGCAUGUGCAGCACGUCUUCCACGAGGCGGUGCGGGAGGCGCGGCGGGAGCUGGAGAAGAGCGCCCUGGCUCGGCCCCUCUUCAUCUCGGAGGAGAGGGUCUUGCCCCACCAGGCUCCGCUCACUGCCCGGCACGGGCUGGCCAGCUGCACAUUCAACACUCUGUCCACGGUCAGCCUGAAGGAGAUGCCCACAGUGGCCCAGGCCAAGCUGGUCACGGUGAAGUCAUCCCGCGCCCAGAGCAAGCGCAAGGCACCCACCCUGACCCUCCUGAAGGGCUUCAAGAUCUUCUGAGAGCCCCUCCCUGGGAACUCCAGGCCCGGCCGCUGGACAGGGCUGCGGGGCAGGGGCUGGCUCGUCGCUACCAAGAGCGCUGACCACCUUGGGGACAGCUGAGGCCGCCUCCGGCCCCAGCAGCGUUCCUGUGUGAGCUGCAGAGACAAGCGGGGGUGCUGCUCCCUCCCCCAUCCAUCCUUGGUCUGCAUGGGAACUACUGCAUCUGAGAUUCUGGAGGGAAACAGCCACUGGGACCACCCAGAGAGCUGGGGUCAGUCUUGAGCAGGAAGAAGUCACGGUGUCCUUCCUGCUGCCAUGACCCCUUGCUGCUCUAGCUCCAGCCUGGCCAGCAGUGGCCCCUAAUGGGCAGUAGCUGACCUUGGCCCAGGGAGGCUCGGGCCUGAUGUCCCAGCGCCACCUUGUGGACAUGAAAGGCAGGGCAGCUGCAGGUCACAGUUUCCCCAAGGAAAAUGGACUUAUUAAUGCCACCUGACAGCCUGGAUAGGACAAAGACAUCGCAGGCAGGUCUAUUUCCAGCACUCUGCUUCUCAGAGAGAAGAAGGAAGGGGCUGGGGCCAUCCAGUGUAGGGCGUUCUCCAGGAUUGCACACCAGCAGGCAGGGUCCUCUUGUUUGCCCACUGCUGGGGACUGUCCGUGGACCCUGCCUAAAGCUUAAUCGUCAAGGCUGCAGAGCAGGGUUGUUCUCUCCAGUGACAGUGGCCCAUGGCUCCGAGGAGCCGCAGCUGGCACUCAGCCUGCUCACUCGUAGGCAGAAGCACACCCUACCCGUUCAUAGUCUGAUUGGGCAGGACGCAGCGCCCCUGGUCACAGAUCCCUGUGUUCAAAGCCUGCGUUUGUAAGAUAGAACCUAAAGCAUCUGGGGUUAAUACAGCACAUUUUUGCAUCAGUCCUCUGGUGUGGCCACCACAGCUUAUCCCCCAGCAGGAGGGCUGAGACCUGCGGUCAGGAUCCCAGCGGUAGCCGCAAAAGGCUCUGAGAGGCAGGGGGCACCAUGGCUUUCUAACUUGGUUUACCAUGAACCCAGUCCACAGGAAGUCUCCCAAGGACUCUCAACAACUAAGCAGGUAAAAAGAGAGGGCUUUGGUGGGGAGAAGAGGAUUCCGAACCCAGACUCUGCUGCCUUCCAGGAACGCAGUGAAAACGUUUCUCACCCAGUCUUCAGCCCCAUUCCAUGGAUGGAAAGGCAGAGGUCAAAGAGCAGGCGAUGAAGUACCCACGCCCAAUGCCGAGAGUCCUGGCCGGGCUUUCUGACCCAUGGGCCAGGUCUGGAGUUUGCACUUUUGCUCCAAGCCACGUGUGUGUGUGUGUCUGUGUGUGCGUGCAUCACCAGGUGAACAAACUGUGCAAUUCCAACUGUGCACUUCCAGAAACACUUUAAUAAAAGGUUUUUUAAGU